UGAAUCGGUUUCUAUGGAUAGAUAGAAUUUGCUGAACAAACGAAAAGAUCAAUAUAAGGAAUUAUAACCAGAUUUAUGUAAUAUAAACAAUGUACAUACAGACUGCAAAAUGGAUGGGGAAAAUUCAUAUGCUGGAAUUGCAAAAUGUGAUACAAUGACUAUUAAUGAGAAUGAGAGCCCAAGUGAAGCAAAUGACAAUACAGCACCAGUAACAGAAGUUACAAAUGACAACAGACCAUCUCAAAUUGAAGCAGAUCCAAAUGGAGGUGCAAUUAACACUGGAGAAGAAACACCUCUUGAAGUGCAAUCCAGUGCAACAUGCUCAACUGCCAUAUCCAGUUCAGGAGCAGUAUCAAGUAUGACGGUAACCACAAGUGCGUCACACCCAGUGAAUACGACAGUCAUAUCAAGAGCCAUAGUGCGACAUUCAAGUGAAGCUCAAGGGCCACAACCCACAUCCCCAAAUGAUGAAUCUAGUCAAGGUUUCUCUAACAUGGAAUCCAGCCAAGCUAAUGUCAAUAUGAGUUCUAGUCAAGCUCGAGGUUCCCAACUCCCAUCCCCAAACAUUGGAUCUAGCCAACCUUUUGCUAACAUGAAUUCUGGUCAUGCUCAAGGGUUACCAACUCGGUUUACCCAUCAUCCAGGAUCUAGUCAUUCCCAUAGCACCCCACCUCAGAUGGUAAACCCGACACCUAGUCAGUUUAGGCCUUUGCCUCCUAUAUUACCAGCAAACUCCGAGUCAUCGCGCUAUCUACCUAAUUUACCCCCAAGGCGAUCUGGACUUCAGCCCCAACUUCAGAUUCCCACCCAGACGUUACCCCCUGGUACUGAUGCAAGCACUAGUGGGCAAGGUCCGCAGAGAUUUCAACUGAGUUUUGUGUAUAUACGCAGUCUGUACAGGGGACCAGGACGACGAUUCUUCAUCAGAGCUUUGCUUGCUUUUGCUGUUGCUGUUGCUUUGGUGAUUAUUGGGGCCAUUCUCUCAGCUCUUGAUAUGAUCGCCCAGUUCAUCACGCCACUCGUGAUUGCAGCAGUCAUCCUGCUUUUAGUGGGUAUGUGGUACUUGUUCAGGGCACAUAGGGCACAACUUGGUCGCAACAACCUCACUCAAAUGGACAUUGAGAGAAACACAGUUGUUUGUGUGAUUGACAUACAGAAUCAACAGAGGUCGUCUAGCAAUGCACCUCCAAAUUACAAUGACGUCAUACAGCAAACGGGGCAAAGAGGAGGUUAUGCAAAUCCCAGUAUGCUUGCUUCGCCACCACCUUAUGGCUCAUCCAGUAGUACAGCUGGGUACACACCUCCUGUGAUAACAAUAUCACCUCCUUCAUAUUCCAGUAUCUCAUCUUUGGGGGUUACACAUUCUAAUACAGGGCACAUUGGGCCGACACAUUCUGAUGCAAGAUCUAUGGGGGCUACCCAUUCUGAUGCAAGAUCUAUGGGGGUUACAUGUUCUGGUGCAGGAUCUAUGGGGGUUACACAUUCUGAUGCAAGAUCUAUGGGGGUUACACAUUCUAACACAGCAGCUGUGUCUAUACCACCUAGUUACGAGGAAGCAACCAUGCUGGCUGAAUCACAAAUAGAUGGCGAUAUGAUCACUAAUCAAAAUGAAAACAUUCCAACAAUCACAAACUUAAGUGACAACUCUGCAAUUCAUAACAAUGAAGCAGAUGGGAUGGUUAAUGAUGGCUUUGUGGCAGAUGAAAGCAAUGGGCCUCAGAAUGUGCAGUCCCCACCUGAUGAAAGGGUUAUAAAUGAAACUGAUAUAAGAUUUCAAUUUGACUCUUCACAGGCAACUAGACUUUAG